UUCUAUAUGUAAAGUAUCGGCAUAAACUUACGCCUUCCGGAGCAACCACCAGUUAUAAAGGAAUCCUCCUCAUCAACGAGAUUUUGCAUUUACAGAUCGUUUCACGAUCACUUCAUUGUUUUGGCUGAUACAGAGCACUUAAACUUCAUUGUUUGGGCGAAGCUUGCAUACCACAUCUCAUUUCUCUGCACAGGACUUAUCUGUAAUAAGAUAUAUUUUUCAAACCCUAGAAGCUUUAGACCAACUAAAAAUAGACAGAUGCAGUAAACUGUAGAAACCCUAACCAGCAGCAGCUCAGCAAUGGCAACAGGCGAGCACCCUUCCUUUAUUUAUGACACUCUCUUACCUCUGCUGGGCCAGGAUGAUCUUUCCUACGAAUCUCCUUCUGGAGAAAUUUUGCUUGAAGAAGCCCCCGAUAUUUCUCCAAACACUAAAUUCAGCAACAGAAAGAUAAAGACUAAGAAUUCUACACCUGCCAUGGGAACUGAUGAAGAGCUCCAAUUUCUCAAAACAACGAGGGUUUCCAGUCCAGAACCGUGGUUGGAGAGGGGUCUUACUGUUUUACGGCGGGAGAUAGGUGACGCAGAAGAUGCUAUGUGCAAGGAAUCCAGUGACGGAGAAAUAGAGUAUUUGUCCCUUGAGGUCUCAUGUUCGAACUUGCCGGAGGAUCCCAGUGCUGAGCCGGUUACCCCUGUGAUGGUUUCACAGGUUGAGGACAAGUUAAAGGCUGUUAUUGAGUUUCCCUGGAGUGAUUCUCACAAAAAGAUAACGAGCCCCCUGCUAUUGCUUCAUCAAGAAAUUAUAGAUUUUUGUCAUUUUCUUUCACCAACUCCAGAAGAGCAAGCAGCACGCCUAGCAGCAAUUGGACGUGUUUCGGAUGUCGUCAAAUCUAUAUGGCCCAAUUGUGAAGUGAAAAUCUUUGGAUCAUUUGAGACAGGUCUGUAUUUGCCCAUCAGUGACAUUGAUGUGGUUAUCUUAAAUUCUAACAUUCAAGUGCCUCAAAACGGCCUGCAAGCCCUAGCAAAAGCACUGUCGAAAAAGUCCAUUGCAACUAAAAUGCAGGUUAUUGGAAAAGCUAGGGUUCCAAUUGUCAAGUUUAUUGAGAAGGAAAGUAAUGUGGCAUUUGAUAUCAGCUUUGAUGUGCAAAAUGGACCAGAGGCUGCAAAAUUUAUUAAGGAUGCCAUCUCAAAAAUUCCUCCUCUAAGACCACUAUGCCUCAUAUUGAAAAUAUUUUUGCAGCAACGGGAGCUCAAUGAGGUUUAUUCUGGGGGCAUUGGCUCGUAUGCUUUGCUUGUUAUGUUGAUAACACAUCUGCAGGUGCAUUGGAGUCGACAAUGUUCUACAGGCAGGUCUAUUUUGGAACGUAACCUAGGUAUUUUACUGGUUUGGGCCCAGUUCGUAGGGGGGUCCAUCCAGAUUUCUCGCAAAACACUUUGGGUUUGUUGGGGACGAAUCCAGAUUGAUUUUUUUGAACUCUAUGGCCGUAAGCUCAAUGCACAUGAUGUCGGAGUAUCUUGCAGAUUUGGUGGACAGUUCUUCCGUAAGAGUCUAAGAGGAUUUCUCAACCCAAAGCGUCCACACUUGCUCUCUGUGGAAGAUCCUCAAGCACCAGAAAAUGACAUCGGGAAGAAUUCAUAUAAUAUUUUGCAGGUGAGGGCAGCAUUUGUAAUGGCUUUUCGAAAACUGACAGAUACUUAUAUUGAUGAUUUGAUAUCUUCCCAGAAUAGCAUUCUGGGACGAAUAAUAAAGAUAGACGCUAAAUUACUGGAAAGGGUGGGUAGGUUGACUAAAAGUCCACAGUUGGAUGCCUUUUUGGCAACAGCAAGUGAUCAUGCUCUUAGAUAUAAAUCUAAUUCGGAUGCUGAUGAAACAGCACUGCACCCUGUCAUGAAAAAUCAAGGGUCUUUGUUAAACAGGUGGCAAUUAUGUGAUGAUGAACCAUUACCACGUGGGCCGCCUAGUGCCAAAAGUGGGUUGAAAAGAAAAUGGAAGGAAGAAAAGCAAUUUGCCAAGAGAUUCAAGAGGAAGAACGACAAGAAUGUUUCCCCAAGUGUCAAAAAACAGGAGAUUCAUUUUACCACGCAGCAUUCUAAGGGCCGCAAAUCUAAGAAACGUAAACAUGUCAGUGGAGAUGAAGAUAACUCUCCAACAAGACACGGGUCACGCUACAAAAAGUCUAAAAUUUCUAGUGUAAAAGUAGAGCAUAAACAUUUAAGAAGUGGUAACAAUAACAAUUUUGGUGCAAGAACUAGUAAUUAUCAUGCAGCAAAGUUCAAGUACUCCUAGGUUUGGUAAUUUUGAAGCUUUCUACAAUUGUCAUUUUUGACAUGUAAUCAGGGGCUUCUAUUCAGUUCAUCUAUCAUUUUUGUUAAUCAGGUUUUAUAUCAAUGAAAUGUUUGUAAAAGCUUGAAGUUCAAUGCUUUGUACAAUUGAUGCUCUUCAAGAAGAAUAUGAAGGACAAAAGAACAAGUUAUGAAGUUUCA